AUGAAAAAGCAGGGGAGCCACCUGAACGCCCUAAGUGACAUCAACCACCAAAAUGAGGAGGCAAAACACAACUACGUGAAUUCCAGUGUGGACAACCACAAGUACUGGCAGUACAACACCCUCCUGCUUUACAACGUGAUUAUGAUUUACACGUGCGAGUGGCCCUCGCUCUUCAUCGAGUGGGUGCCCAGCGUGUGCAGGAGUGACGAUGACGUUUACAACCAGGACCUCAUCCUGGGUACCUACACCACGGAGAAAAACAACUACAUAUUGAUUCUGGAGGUGAGCCUGCCGAGCGAAGAGCUGUCGCACUCGAACCUGUACUACGAAAAGAUAAACAGCUACAGACACAACUCCUGCAACGACACGAGCAAGAAUUUCAAAAUGAAGAACAAAAUUUACCACGAGUGUGAAAUUAACAAAAUCACCUGUAGCCCUCAAAACAAGGACGUGAUUGCCUGCUUCUCCUCCGAUGGAAAUAUUAACAUUUUAAAUUUAAGUAAUUAUAAAUAUGAAGAGAAUGAAGCGAAGAAUAAUUCUGUUGUCUCUUUUGAUUACACACUGAAGGGGCACCUGUACCAGGGGUGGGGCAUUCAGUGGGGGGUAGAUAACAAUUUAAUUUCCUCCUGCGCUGAUGAUUCGUAUUUAUGCAUAUGGGAUAUAAAUGCGAGUGCCUCCUGCGCGACGAGCGCCGCGAAUGUGACUGCCCCGCCGGUUGGCGGGGGUGUCGGUGGCUCUGGCGGUGUCAACACCUUGGGAGGGGGCCUCUCCGGCGCAUCGGCAGGGGCAGCUAUAACAGGCGCAACCCCCUUAGGAGCCACCCCACCCGGCGCUGCCGUAACCGGCGCUACCGUAACGGGCGCGACUGGUGCCGGCGGCGGUGAUUUUGCCUGCACCAGCUCGAACGACUCAAACUGCAAAGGAGUGGUGCACCCAUUGGUAAAAUUCUUCAACGACAAUGUGCCUCUGCAAGACUGCUGCUGGAAGGACAACAACGUCCUCACCGUUUCGGAUAAUGGGCACAUACACAUAUACGACAUCAGGGACAAAAGUGCGGUGACCACCAUCAAGGCUACCACCUGCACCUUAAACUCCAUUGAUGUGAAUCCGCACAAUAAGAACAUCUUCGCGACAGGUGGCACGAACAAAGAAAUAGACUUGUGGGACAUUCGGUUUACCAACAAGUCCCUACACAGAAUUAUUUCUCAUAAGGAGACUAUUAUAAAGCUACAGUGGGAUAAGUACCAGCCGGGGAUUCUCUCCUCCUCCUCCAGUGAUAAAUACAUUUAUUUUUUUGAUACUAACAAAAUUGGCAUUGAGCAGACGUACGAGGACUCGCAGGACGGCCCCCCCGAGCUCAUUUUCAUUCACGGCGGCCACGCCUCCAACGUCCUGGACUUCUCCCUCAACUCCUCCUACUCCAUGAUGAUCUCCUCCAUCAGCGAAGACAACACGUUGCACAUAUGGCAGCCCUCCAGGCAGGCCUACGAGGAUGCCUCGGACACCUACGACGACACCGAAGUGGAAUAG